GUGAAUGGUAGCGAGAGGGAGUUGCUGGGGGGCGGAGUUGGACUUCGGCUGACUGACAGGUUCCACGAAACCAGAAAACCUUUUCAUUAAAGAGAAAAACCGGAGAAUAUACAGGACACUGCUGCUGGCUCCCUGCAUCAUCCCAAUGAAAGGAGAGAGAGAGAUCACGACCAAGAUGGACCCGUCUAACGGGCUGGACCGGCCGCCGGACAGCGUCCCGCACACCGAGGUGAAGAUGAAGGACAGGGGACAGUGGAGCAACAAGCUGGAGUUUGUGCUGUCUGUGGCCGGAGAGAUCAUCGGAUUGGGAAACGUGUGGCGCUUCCCGUAUCUCUGCUACAAGAACGGAGGAGGUGCAUUUUUCAUUCCCUACCUGAUCUUUCUCUUCACCUGCGGUAUUCCCGUGUUUUUCCUGGAGAUUUCUCUGGGUCAGUUCACCAGCGAGGGAGGGAUCACAUGCUGGAGGAAGAUCAGCCCACUGUUUGAAGGGAUCGGAUACGCCACUCAGGUCAUCGUGGCUCUGCUGAACUUCUACUAUAUAAUCGUUUUGGCCUGGGGAAUAUUUUACCUGUCCUUCUCCUUCUCCUGGAUCCUGCCGUGGUCCUCCUGCAACAACACCUGGAACACAGAAUCCUGCAUAGAAUUCCAAAGACGGAAUGAAUCCAUUGACCAAAGUCACCUAGAGAACGCAACAUCGCCCGUGAUCGAGUUUUGGGAACGCAGAGUUUUGCGGAUCUCGUCUGGGAUUGAGGAGAUAGGAACGCUGCACUGGGAUCUGGUCCUCUGUCUGUUGCUGGCCUGGGUUCUCUGUUAUUUCUGCAUUUGGAAAGGCGUCAAAUCCACCGGCAAGGUGGUGUACUUCACUGCGACCUUCCCAUAUGUUAUGCUGCUGAUUUUACUGAUCCGAGGGGUAACCCUGCCAGGAGCAUCCCGUGGGAUCAAGUACUACCUUUAUCCCGACCUGGGGCGAUUAGCAGACCCGCAGGUGUGGAUGGACGCAGGUACGCAGAUCUUCUUCUCGUAUGCCAUCUGUUUAGGUUGCCUCACUGCACUCGGAAGCUACAAUAAAUACAACAACAACUGCUACAGGGAUUCUCUGGCCCUGUGUUUCUUGAACAGUGGAACCAGUUUUGUCGCAGGUUUUGCCAUCUUCUCGAUUCUCGGCUUCAUGUCUUACGAACAGAACGUCCCGAUCUCAGAAGUGGCUGAGUCUGGUCCUGGUUUGGUCAUUGCGUAUCCGCGAGCAGUGUCCAUGAUGCCCGUCUCUCCGCUGUGGGCCUGUUUCUUCUUCAUCAUGAUUGUUCUGCUGGGCUUGGACAGUCAGUUCGUGUGUGUGGAGAGUCUGGUCACAGCUACGGUGGACAUGUACCCCACUUUCUUUCGUCGGAAGAACCGCAGAGAGCUGCUGAUCCUCGUCGUGGCCGUCGUGUCCUUCCUCGUGGGUCUCAUCAUGCUCACAGAGGGUGGAAUGUAUGUCUUCCAGCUGUUUGAUUACUACGCUGCCAGUGGGAUGUGUUUGCUGUUCGUUGCUAUUUUUGAGACGGUGUGCAUCGCUUGGAUAUACGGUGCUAAUCGGUUCUAUGACAAUAUCGAGGACAUGAUUGGUUACCGUCCCGGGCCGUAUAUUAAAUACUGCUGGCUCUUUUUCACCCCAGCCACGUGUUUUGUGAGUCAUUUAACUUCUUUACUUUAUUUUUUUUAG